AUGUCAGUUCUUGACCCCUACAAGCCUAUCGAUGAGCCCAUCAAUGGCCCAGUGCUCCCUUUCAAGUACCGCAACAGCUGGGAAGUAAUGCUGUUCAUUGAUAUCAGCCUUAGAUCAAUGGAACAACCCAUUGGGAAUAUUUGCAACAAGCUUUGCAACAAGCUAGAACAGCACCGCGAGGGAAAGCCAGAUGCGCUGGGAGAGAUUGUUCCCGGCCGCACGCGCCUAGCUUUGACAUUCCAUCUCAGCGAGCUUCCUCCUCCCCGGCAGUAUACCAACCCUCACGCGGUCUACGACGGAAUGAUCUAUCAUUUGUCAACUUUAUUCGACCGUGAGGAUCGGUUCGAAAACGCUUUUCGGGUUUGGAAGAAAUGGCGAUUUAUUGAUACUGUUGCUUUUGGGAUUUAUGAGAUUCCGGAGGAAAUUGAUCGGCUUUUGUGUUUGCAGGAGGGGUGUACAUGUAUGGAUUGCACUUAG